UUCGCUGCCAGCUAGUAUUAUCGAUGAGAACGACGACGAUGACUCCUGCCUGGAUAAAGAUCCUGGACGGCGGUUUCUCCGGGCAGUUGUCGCGGCACGUGGGCGCGAAAAUAGACGGCGAUCCGCUGUGGACCGCGCGAUUUCUCGCAACCGAUCCCGAUGCCGUCUACGCCACGCACUUGGACUUUCUACGUGCCGGCGCCGAUGUUAUCGAGACGAAUACCUACCAGGCGUCCCUGCCCGGCUUGAUGAAGCAUCUGAAUGUGAGUGAACGCGAGAGUCUAGACUUGCUUGCCAAGGCUGUAUCCUUGGCUAAGAAAGCCGUGGACGAUUACGUUCGAGAAGACGCAAGCGACUCUGAGCGACGACGCGUCGACAGGCCUAUGAUCGCCGGCUCCUGCGGCCCUUACGGCGCUUACCUGCAUGACGCGUCAGAGUAUACCGGCUUCUACGGAAAGUCUGUGUCCAGACGGGAUUUGAUGGAUUGGCACAGACCACGUAUCAAGGCGCUAUUAGAUGCCGGCGUAGACCUAUUGGCUUUGGAGACUAUACCCUGCGUCGAGGAAGCGGAAGCCUUGCUGGAGCUGUUGCGGGAAUAUCCGCACGCUCGCGCUUGGCUCUCGUUUUCCUGCCGGGACGGUCAGUUCAUAUCGGAUGGUAGCCUAUUUCGAGAAGUGGCCGUACGUUGUUAUCGCACAUCACCGUCGCAGAUCGUCGCGGUUGGCGUCAACUGCAUCGAUCCGAAGCACGUUGCUCCGUUGCUGAAGGAUAUCAAUGCUAGCGCAUCAUCGGAGCAGGAUUCUGUGCCCCUGAUAGUAUAUCCCAACAGAGGCGGUAGCUAUUCCGCGACCAGUGGAUGGACCGCCGUUCCAGACGAUCAGUCUCUGAAUCUGCCUAUAUCGGAAUGGUUGGACAUGGGAGUUCGUUACAUCGGCGGUUGCUGCAAGAUUUUUGCAGAAGACAUUAAGACGAUCCGUUCGGAAGUGGAUCGGUGUCACCGGUGUGAAUAACGUGACUCUUUUUACAGUGGCAUCACUGGUCGUGAUGCAGCAGUUUCCACACUUCUAAAAUACGAAUUGUGUAGACAUCUACGGUCAAUGAUCGGUGAUUCAAUAAUAUUUAUAUUCCAUAAUUAUUGCUGAAUAUGUGGGCAAAUCUCAAUAUGUUAAGUCAUGGAUAAUGAGUAAUUGUAAAAUGCAUUAGUUGUUUACUUA